AUGCGCCCAUCCCUUGCGGUGCUGGCAGCCGCCGUCCAGGCGGCUGUCAGUGCAGCAUCAACUCUCACCCCCCCGGUCCUACCGUUGACGGUUAGGAAUCCCUAUCUAAGCACCUGGCUUGGGGAUGCUCGGGAGGUACCAUGGUCCAAAUGGCCCAUGUUCUAUACUGGUGAGGAGAUCGGGCUCUCCUUGAUGGCCCAGGUCCCUAGUACCGGUAUUGUAUAUCCAUUGGUAGGCAAACCGCAGGAUUAUCUGUCUGGAGCACAAGUUGAAUACCCUACAUACCUGGGAUCGAAAUACGAUGCCUCCACGACCAAUCUGACCUACCGCAUCGACCCAACGAUUUUUUCUGCAUCAAAUCCGGUCGAGAUUACAAUUUCAUUCCUGUCCCCGAUCACGCCGACAUCGACUCUCAGACAGUCGAUCCCUGCGUCAUAUAUAACCAUUCAUGUGCUCCAUGCUGACGAACCAGUCAAUGUCUAUAUGGACCUCAACGGACGUUGGGUGAGCGGUGAUGCUGGAAGUACCAUCGUCUGGCAACACGAUACCUUUGGUCUUGAAGAGAAGAAGCCGACGCUCCAGAAAUGGCAAUUCCGACGACAGAAUGAAUUGUUGCUUUCAGAGAUUCGUGACCGGGCCGAAUGGGGCACCCUCCACUUUACUGGACCUGCUGACGUCCAAUAUCAAUCUGGCGAUGCCCACUCCGUGCGGAGUAUCUUUGCAACCAAAGGGGCCGUCCAAAACGUGAAUGAUGAGGGUUUUCGUGCGAUUGGGGACCGAGAGCCCGUCUUUGCAUUCUCCAAGUCAUUCAAUCCCAGCAAAAAGGCAGCCAAAUCUGACAGUAGCGUGACCUUCACCGUUGCGCUGAUUCAAGACCCAGUUGUUCAAUUUGCGUCAGCUCGCGGCUUGACUUUGAUGAAACCGCUCUGGCAGUCAUGGUUUGGGAGCGUGGAAGAGCUGCUUAGUUUCCAUCAUAGCGAUUUUGACCAUGCGGCUACUCUCGCUGCCGAUUAUUCUGAUCAGCUGGCAAAGGAUGCGUACCAGUCCGGUGCUGAUGAUUAUGUCGACAUUGUUGCACUUUCAGCCAGACAGGUUAUGGGAGCAACGACAUUCUCUGGAACCCCCGAUGAUCCUAUUCUCUUCCUGAAGGAGAUCUCUUCCAAUGGCAAUUUCCAGACCAUUGAUGUCAUCUUCCCGGCGUUCCCAUUUUUCCUGUACACGAAUCCGCGCUGGCUGGCCUAUCUCUUGGAGCCGUUGAUCGAGCAUAUGCUCAGUGGACAGUACCCGAAUACCUAUGCCAUGCAUGAUCUCGGAACGCAUUUCCCCAACGCGACUGGCCACCCUGAUGGUAAUGACGAGUACAUGCCCGUCGAGGAAUGUGGGAACAUUCUCAUCAUGGGCCUCGCCAUCGUUAACUCCCUUCGAUACUCGGAUGACUCGGCGGCUGCCUCGAGAUGGUCCACGCAGGGCGUCUCCCCCCAGGUCUCGGAACCACACACUGGCUACUUCCCGCUGGGUGAGCUGCAAGCCUUGGCUGGCAUCGACCGGCAAGACGGGAAAUGGGGCGGUGGCGCAGAAGGCGAGCGUCUGGCUGAGAAAUGGGUGCAGCGCAGCUACAGGCUCUGGAGCCAAUGGACGGGUUAUCUGGUAGAAUUCUCCCUAGAACCCGCGAACCAAUUGUCCACGGAUGAUUUCGCCGGAUGGCUUGCGCUGCAGACCAACCUGGCACUGAAAGGUAUCAUUGGCAUUAACGCCAUGAGCAAGCUAGCCGAAGUGGCUGGACACAGCGCCGACGCAUCAUACUUCAAGAACAUCUCGGAUACCUACAUCGCCAAAUGGGAGCAGUUCGGCAUGUCCCGCGACGGCUCCCACGCAAAGCUCGCCUACGACUGGUACGGCUCCUGGACAACGAUCUACAACCUCUACGCCGACGCCCAGCUCUGCUUCCAUCUGGAGGGCACCGAUCUCUCCCCGAAGGACCAACUCCCUCGCCAGCCCCAGACUCCGCUAUUCACCGACGACAAGGGCAAGAAGAACCCUUCUACCCCGGGCUUCGUCCCCCACCACAUCUACACCCGGCAAUCAAUCUGGUACCACCACGUGCGGCAGAAAUACGGCCUCCCACUUGACAGCCGCCACCUCUACACGAAGACAGACUGGGAGUUCUUCGCGAUGGCGGUAGCCAGCGAGCGCACGCGCAGCGAGAUCCUCGAGUCCGUCGCCAAAUGGGUCAACGAGACCGUCACCGACCGGCCCUUCACAGACCUCCACAACACAGAAGGCAGGGGCGAGUUCCCCGGCCCGAACUUCUUCGCGCGGCCCGUCGUCGGCGGCCAUUUUGCGUUCCUGGCGCUGCAGCGCGCCUGUGGCGGGCGCGCGAUGGACGGCUUGGCCUUCCUGGACGAGGGGGAUGCGAAGACCCUGGCGGAGUGGGAGGUUGCUGCCGCGAAUGCGGCGGAUGAGUUGCGGAUUGGUGGAUGGGGGAGUGGGUAUGGGUCGGAGAAUGGAGAGUUGUAG